GUAGCCAGUAUUUCUGUUCUGAAAAGGCACGUGCUGAGUUUUAUGAGGCAAUUGGAUUUUGAAAAUAAUUCAACUACAUCUGGUGGGGAAUCAAAGGCUAAAGUUGCGGUGGUUAGAGCGCGGAUUACUAACCGGAAGGUCCGCGGUUCGAAUCCGACCUCCGCCACUCGACUUCCCCUGUCUAGGCUUGGGCAACCUGGCAGUAUCCCAGCCCUCGUGCUUCCUUCGGGUGGCAUGGCAGCUAGGCACCGGAAGGGUGCUACAGCUGAACGCUUUUUCUUUUUUGUUAGCGUUUUCAUGAAUGAUGCAGCAGUUAUGCAGAAAAAAGCAGCUACUAAGUUUUUUAAUAAAGGUUUAACCGCGCUAGCCUUUGGGUUCAUGGUUUUGGAGAUCACGAAUGGACCAACCGGAAUAGAGAAUAAUGGACGACAAGUUCAACAGUGGUGUGACUGUAGGAAGCGAGAAAUGCAAGCCACAACGCAACACAGAUUAUGGUCGGAACAACCAAAAUCCAAGCUGCCGGGAAAUCUCAUCUGCCCUAAUAAUGCUGCGUCCAUCGAUGUCCCUACCCAACCCCUUCCCACCGCACAAGCAAACGUCCCUGGGACGUUUGGCCGCCAGUUAUCUGACCGGAGAGCCCUAUGCUUCUCGCUGCCUAUUAACAAUAAAGAAAAUAACACCUUUCUAAAUCCACAAAAUCCUUCCUACAUAGAAGCUUUUAUUUUCCGUAAUCUUUGUCAAACAAGCAAUGAUGCUGAGACCUUAUACCCCACUAAAAUCGAUGUAUGUAUGCCUCCGAAACACGCAUGGAAGACCCAAGGGUGGUCGUGCAUCUCAGAACGCCAAGGACGAACUUACCUCAUUCACAUUUCUCCCUUUGUUUGUCCGGUUAUUCAGAGACGAAUGAACCGUGAUAUGUAUGAUGUGGAAGUUGCAUUCGUUCCCAGAGCUGUUCGAUCUUUGCUGGUUUGGAUCUCAGUGAACAGUUGUCUUUCCAUAUCCAGCUCCAACACGGUCACUGCCUCUCAGCAUAAAAAGCGGUGCCUGCUUAUAGUAUCGGCUUAUGCCCCAACGGAGUGCAGUUCCGACGCUGAGAAAGAUACUUUCCAUUGA